AUGGAGGGCCAAAUAGAAGAGGAAUCCCAACAGCUUGUAGAUGUUUUCACACGUGAAAAAGGGCAGCCAUUUGAUCCUGCAUUGCCCAUCACGAAUUCAAUCUCCAACGUGAUAUGUGCCAUAUCUUUCGGAUACCGUUUCCCUCUUGAAGAUGAAACCUUCAAGGAACUGAUUGAUGCCAUGACAUUUACCUUAAAAUUUGCAGGAAGUCUUUUUUAUGUGCUAUAUGAAAUGUUUCCAUGGCUCAUGAAGCAUCUUCCAGGGCCUCACAAAGAGGCAUUUCGUGCUACAAAGAUGCUGCUUUCAUUAGCAAAGAAAGAAAUACAGAAACAUAAAGAGCAAAUGUCCUUUCAGGAGCCACGGGAUUUCAUUGAUUUCUACCUGCUUGAAAUAGAGAAAAGGAAGAAUGAUCCUACCUCUACAUAUGAUGAAGAGAACCUGGCUCAGAAUAUUCAUGACUUCUUUAUUGCUGGAACAGAAACGACUGCCACUUCUCUGAAAUGGGCAAUCCUCCUUUUGGCAAAUCAUCCAGAUAUUCAAGAUAAAGCUUAUAAGGAAAUAGAAGAUGUUUUGUGCUCCUCUUUCUUCAGCUAUCAAGAUCUAAAGAAGCUCCCUUAUACAAACGCUGUGCUUCAUGAGAUUCAGCGUUUUAAAUAUCCCUUCUUAUUUGGGGUCCCAAGACAAACUGCCAAAGAUGUGAAGAUGAGAGGUUUUCUCAUCCCUAAGGGAACAGCUAUUAUACCAAACAUGCGCUCUGUUCUUCUGGAUCCUAAGCACUGGGAGUCCCCUAAAGAGUUCAAUCCAAACCAUUUUUUGGACCAGGAUGGACAUUUUGUUGCUAAAGAACAGUUUCUGGCAUUCGGUGCAGGAUCUCGGGCGUGUUUGGGGGAGCAGCUGGCAAGGAUGGAGUUCUUCAUCUUCUUUGUCAAUCUGCUGAGGGCCUUCCGUUUCCAGCUGCCUCCAGGAGUCAAAGACCUUAAUGAAGAACCUGAAGCAGGACUGUCAACACCACCCCAUCCUUAUAAAGUGUGUGCUGUUCCUCGCUGUAGUUCAUCAUAA